AUGAUCCCUACUGCUUCUAGACUGCUCGCUGCCGCUCCCAUCUUCCUGUGGCCCCAACUUCUCCCCAGCGUACAUGCGAGCGACACUGCAGGAACCACGGUCAUAGUCACAGUAACACCCACAAUCCCACAUCCACCUUCCUAUACUUCCCCCGAGAUAUUCAAAGAUGCGGUCCUCUCAGCCAGCAACGCCUACCGCCGCGACCACAACGCAAGCCAACUAACCUGGAACGAGACACUCACAACAUAUGCUAAACACUGGGCAGAGGGAUGCGAAUGGAAGCACUCAGGGGGCCCGUACGGCGAGAACCUCGCCUUCGGCUACUCAGAUCCGACAGUCGCCAUCUCCGCCUGGGGCGACGAGGGCCAGAAAUACAACUACAAGCUACCGACGGGAUUCAGCGAAGAAACGGGGCAUUUCACGCAGUUGGUCUGGAGGGCGACGAGGGAGGUCGGGUGCGCGGCAUUCAAUUGCGGGUAUAGCAAUGGGAGUGAUACGAAGGAUACAGAGGGUCGGUAUACGAGAGCGCAGGGCUGGUAUGUGGUGUGUGAGUACUCGCCUGCCGGGAACGUGGUUGGAAACCAGAAUGCUUUCUUCCAGGUGAAUGUGCAGUCGGCGAGUACGUAUUCUGGACCGGAGACGACAGGGCUUUCUGCUACCGGGAMCAGUGUGAGUACAAGUGCAAGGGCAACACCAACAAGUGGUGUCGAUGAAGUGUAUGAUGGGCGCUUGAGAGACCAGUAUCAGAAUGCUUUUGUUGGGCUCAUAGUUUUUAUAAAUCUAGUAUAA